UUUGCUCGCUGAGGUCGAUAAGAAACCGGCCGGCGUUUCUUCGACUUGUUACGAUACGUGCAGCCAGUUCUCAUCUGCAUUUCCCUCCCGUUUUGGGGCGCUGUAACGUGUUUUAGGAGCCUGCCAACAGGACUCCAGAUUGAAACGCACUCAUCAUGUUCCGUCUGCUAUGCUCUGCACACGUUGAUAGCGUGGUUGUACCGUCUGUGCGAGGGAUCUUCUCUCAGCAACGUAAGCGUGGUUUCAGAACCUUCUUGCCACGAUUCCAAGAACAGCAAGUUGAAAAGCCACUGAAGGGAACCCCCUAUGAAAAACUGACCAUCGGUGUACCAAAAGAAAUCUUUCCGAAUGAACGCAGAGUGGCGUUAUCUCCUGCGGCUGUACAGACUCUCGUCAAGAAAGGCUUUAACGUUGUAAUUGAAGAUGGUGCCGGCAAAGAAGCUAAAUUCUCCAAUGCAGACUAUGAAGCUGCUGGGGCACUUAUCAAGAAUAUUUCCGAUACUUUCAAAUCUGACAUUGUACUAAAAGUACGAGCCCCAACACUAGAAGAAGUAGAAAAGUUAAAAGACAAAGCACAUUUGCUAAGCUUUAUCUACCCUGCACAAAAUGAGGAACUUGUUCAAAAAUUAGCCGCAAAAAAGGCGACUGUAUUUGGGAUGGACUGUGUUCCUCGUAUCAGUCGUGCACAAGUUUUUGAUGCACGUAGUUCCAUGGAUAACAUCUCUGGUUACAAAGCAGUUAUUGAGGCUGCUAAUAAUUUUGGUAGAUUUUUUACAGGUCAAAUCACUGCUGCAGGAAAAGUUCCACCUGCUAAAGUUUUGGUGCUUGGUGCUGGUGUCGCUGGUUUAUCGUCUAUUGGCACAGCAAAGAGCAUGGGAGCAAUAGUUAGGGCAUCUGAUGUUAGAUCCAGUGUGAAAGAACAAAUUCAAUCUAUGGGGGCAGAGUUCCUGGAAGUAAAAGAGGUCAAAGAAGAAGGUGAAGGGACAGGCGGGUAUGCAAAAGAAAUGUCUGAUGCGUUUAAAGAUGCACAGCAGAAGAUGUUUGCAAAACAGUGUCGUGAAGUUGAUGUCGUUAUUAGUACAGCGUUGAUUCCUGGUAAAACUGCGCCCAUUCUUAUUACCAAAGAAAUGGUGGAUAGUAUGAAAGACGGUUCAGUGGUUGUUGAUCUCGCAGCAGAAGCUGGUGGAAACAUACAAACAACAAAACCAGGGAAGAAGUACAUCUACAAUGGAGUGACACACAUUGGCUACACAGAUCUGCCAAGUCAACUACCAACUCAGUCAAGUACAUUGUAUGGCAAUAAUAUUUCUAAGCUCUUGCUUUCUUUCACUCCAUCAAAGACAGAAGGCAGAUAUUUCCUGGAUUUCGAAGACGAAGUCACCAGAGGUUCAAUAAUCCUCAAUGAAGGUGAGAUGAUGUGGCCUGCACCGCUACCAAAAGAGCUUUCACAACCACCUCCAGUAGCAAGUGCGCAACCGGAAACGGCCGUCAAAGUCGUUGAAGAUCCAUUUAGCAAGACAUUAAAGAGCACAGGUCUUUACGCAACAGGCUUGAUGAGUUUGAUUGGAGCUGGUAUGAUUUCACCAAAUCUGGCAUUCAAUACUAUGGCCACUACUUUUGGUUUGUCUGUCAUUGUAGGUUACCAUACUGUCUGGGGUGUGGUCCCAGCACUUCAUUCUCCACUAAUGUCUGUGACCAAUGCCAUCUCUGGGAUUACUGCUGUUGGUGGUAUGCUAUGUAUGAGUGGCGGUUACUUACCUGAUUCUGUUCCCGCUGCCAUGGCAGCAACGGCUUGCUUUAUUUCUUCUAUCAACAUCUUCGGUGGCUUUUUAGUGACACAGCGUAUGUUAGACAUGUUCCGUAGACCCACAGAUCCUAAUGAAUAUAACAGUUUAUAUGGUAUUCCUGCUGCUGCAUUCAUGGCUGCUUAUCUUGGUGCUACCUAUGCUGGCUAUUCCAAUGUCCAUGCUCUGUCUUACUUGGCUUCAUCACUGUGCUGCGUGGGAGCUCUUGGUGGUCUCUCAACCCAAGCAACUGCUAGACGGGGUAAUGCUUUGGGAAUGAUUGGCGUCGGUGGUGGUAUGUUGACAACACUGGUUCUGCUGAACUGUUCACCGGAGCUGUAUACCCAGAUGGGACUCUGUGUCGCAGGCGGUGCUUUGAUUGGUACAAUAAUUGCAAAGAAGAUGGCCAUCACUGAUCUCCCACAGCUUGUAGCAGCUUUCCAUAGUUUUGUUGGAGCUGCUGCUGUACUGACGUGUGUUGCGACAUACAUGAGUGAGGCGGCUACUUUUGCUGACAAUCCAGCGGCAGCCAUCACAAAAGCUUUCCUCUUUUUUGGUACAUAUAUUGGUGGUGUCACUUUCACUGGUUCACUUGUGGCAUUUGGUAAACUUCAGGGACUCCUCAAAUCUGACCCUCUUCUUUUGCCUGGACGUAAUGCUCUGAACCUUGGCAUGGCGCUUACCAAUGUUGCUGCAAUGGCCUACUAUAUGACAGAUCCUGGUUACAACAUGGAUAUGGCUAUGUUAGGCACUACAACUGCUCUCUCAUGUGUGAUGGGUGUCACUCUGACUGCUGCCAUUGGUGGAGCUGACAUGCCUGUCGUUAUCACAGUUCUCAACAGCUACAGUGGGUGGGCUUUGUGUGCUGAGGGAUUUAUGUUGAAUAACCCACUUUUAACGAUUGUUGGAGCUCUCAUCGGAUCAUCUGGUGCUAUCCUAUCUUACAUCAUGUGUGAGGCUAUGAAUCGUUCUUUGUCCAAUGUCAUUUUUGGUGGAUAUGGAACACGUAGUCAUGCAGGUGGCAAGGCUAAGGAAGUGUCUGGUAUACACACUGAAAUAAAGGUACCUGAAGCAGUAGAUUACAUCAACGAAGCACAAAACAUCAUCAUUACACCUGGUUACGGUUUGUGUGUUGCUAAGGCACAGUAUCCAAUUGCUGAUAUGGUUCAGAAGUUGACCGAAAUGGGAAAGAAUGUAAGGUUCGGUAUCCAUCCAGUCGCCGGUCGUAUGCCAGGUCAGCUGAACGUCCUUCUUGCUGAAGCCGGUGUACCCUAUGACAUAGUACAGGAAAUGGACGAGCUCAACAGUGAUUUUCCAGAAACAGAUUUAGUGUUGGUAAUUGGUGCCAAUGAUACUGUCAACUCAGCAGCUGAAGAAGACCCCAAUUCGAUCAUCGCCGGUAUGCCUGUAUUGCGUGUGUGGUUAGCCAAACAAGUCAUCGUUAUGAAGAGAACCCUUGGGGUAGGAUACGCUGCAGUAGAUAACCCAAUCUUCUACAAACCUAACACAGCCAUGUUGCUCGGUGAUGCAAAGAAGACGUGUGAUGCUCUGCUAGCCAAAGUUACAGAACAACAGGAAGAGUAGAUUUUGAUAUCAAAUGUGUUUGUGUGCUUGAAAUUUGCUUUCUUCAAAAAUAACCCACAGACUAUUGACUACACGUUUAAAUCACAGACCUGACUACCUACAAUAUGCUGCAGUACUUUUAUAACUUCCUUAAUACUCUCUUAAAAAAUAGUAUUUUAAUAUGAAAAUUCCUGGAAAAAACAUCAGUGGCUGUUAAAACUUAAUGUUGCUUUUUCGUGGAUGCUGCUCAAGUUUUUACCUGUCAUCUCACUUUCUCAAGAACCGGGACAUUUUUCUGCUUGAUUUAGUAUGCCAAUGACAGUAAAUCUAUCUAUUGACAUUUUCAUUUAAGUUUGAACCUGUGUAAUCAAAUGAACUCAAGACUGGGCUAGUUAGGGGAACUAACUCAUCUAUGUUUUGCCUGGUAUUGUACGAAUCGUAAAACCAUUUAUUUCUACUGGCAUUUCAUUUCACUAAUCAUUUGAGCAUAUUCACUGGGUUUUAAGUUUAAAAAUUUACUGGUGAAAAGAUGCAUUCUAUUCUAAUUUGACAUGUGAAUUUAAUUUCUUAUCAGUGAAAAUAGCGAAAUUAAAACCCAGUGAAUGAUUAUGUUUAUACUAUGUUAUAUCCACCACUAUUCGACUGUUAAAUGAUCUGAGCCCAGAUUACCAUAGGGUCUGGUGCAACCACAAAUCUCGUCAGAAUUCUUUCAUCAGUCCAGACUACAAAAUACUGAGCAUUGCAUAAUUUGUGACUUUUUAGCUUUAUUUUCACUAUGGUCACAAUAGAAUUGUAGGAACCAGUAUUUCUAAAUAUUUUGAAUAAUUCGGCAUAUAUGCAAAAUAAAUCGUUUUUCUUUUAUCUGCAUAAUCCUACAUUUUGCCAGUUACCUUGAUCAAAUUAUUCAGUUUCUGUAAUUUUACUUUAUAACUGUUUAAUUGUAAUAUUCUUAAAAGGGAACCGCUCAAUCCCAUGGAUUGCACCAAAGAAUCAUGGGACACUAUUGUUUAUGUUACAAAGUUAAUCUAUCUUUUGUAAACCAUUGUAAUUUUAACCAUGCUGACAACCACAGUUAUUUCUCUACAGGUUGUCAAUGGAUUGUUUUUCAUUUACUAAAUUUCUUGAACAUCUGUGAUAAUCUGAAAUGUUGUGCAGUGUUGUCUUCUCGCCUCAAAAUUCAGACAUUUAGUUCAUACCUACUGCGAACAUUUAGUUCAUACCUACUGCGAACAUUUAAUGUAAAUAAUCUUGAGAAAUUUAGCUGCAGUCCCAUUUGUCAUGUAAUAAUGCUUUGAAACGAUGCAUCUUAUAAACCCUUUACAUCUUAGGCAUUUUGUCAUCAAUACUGGAAAUAAAAUGAACCUAAAGUCCUGAUUCUGGCGACAAAUCGCUUCUGUGGCAUCAGCCUCUGUUUUGAUCUGUAGAGAAUUUUUAAAUGCAACUCCUACACAACCAAAGUUAUUGUUUUGAUCCAUCUAAAGUGCUUUGUCACGAGAAGAUACCACUUACCAAGAUACCAAAAGUGUCUUUGAUUCAUUGAAUAUACCUAGAAUUGUUUUAAAUUUUAUUAAAGCUUUACUGCAUUUGUUUUGAAAAUCAGUUGAUAGUAGCCAAUAGUUGAAUUCUUAUUAUGCAUAGACUUGCAAUAGGCAUUGAUGUAACAACAAAGUCAGUCUUGAUUCAAGAUGCAUUUCAAUUAUGCAUGGUCUUAAAACUCAGUUAUUAUGAAUUUCAUCACCAUUGGCAACAAUUUGUAAUUUAAAUCUAAAACGUUUAUUUUGUAAAUGCAGAAUAACUUUCCACGCAUGAUGAAAGGCUUUGUUGAAGCCAUGACCUUUGUGUUACCAAAUAUGUAGUAAAACUUGUACUUUGUUUUAAAACCAUUCAUUUCUAGCUAUUAGAAUCAAUAUACAGGCCUUAUUUUUUAUCAUUUGGUAUCACAAAGGUAGUUUGGCUCAGUAAUAUAUUUGGAAUACAACUUGUUAAAUGUGCAGCUUGUGUGAAAAAACAAAUAAUUGAGUGUAAUUCGAUAAAAAAAAAAUGUUAGCUUUCUUAGCAUAUUAUUAUGAAAAGUUGAAAAAAAAUGUAUUUAUGAGUGUGUGCUAUUAUGAAUAGUUACUAUAGUAUAUCACCUUGGCAAUGUGCUGAUUUGAUUGCAAAUAAUGAAUUGGAAAUCUGACAAUAAUAUUGGUGUAUGCUGUGUACCGAUUGCCAAUAAAUCCCUAUUUAAAUAGA